CUUAAAAACACAAUCUACUUUCGCUUUCAAUUCUGUUGGACGUGGCAAACACAGAAGGGAGAGGCAGAGAUUGUAGUGUCGGAGUGUGAAACAGUGGGUAAUGGAGUCUUGGAACAUGUAACAAGUAAAGAUGCUGGUUUAAGCUUCCUGACUCACUUGCUAUAAUGGCUGAAGGACAGUUAUCAUUAACAAUCAACCAGAUCUAUGAAGAACUCUCCAGCGAUGAAAACCAAACGUUAAUCUAUUUGUGCAGCGACCUAGCUGGAGGCUGUUCAAAACAAGACGUGAAGGAAGUUUUGAAAUCACAGAUAAAAAGUGGAGUGCUAGACCAUCUAGUUCUGGCUGAACUGCUGUACAGAAUCAAAAGGUUUGACCUUUUGAAAAAUAUACUAAGUUCAAAUAAAAAACAAGUGGAAGCUCUUUUGGAAAGUAGACUGUGCACUGUUUCUGCUUACAGGGUACUUAUGGCAGAAAUCAGUGAAGACCUAGGUAAAGAAGAUUUGCGUUCACUAAUAUUUUUAUUAAAUGACACUAUACCAAAAGGGCGGCUUGAUAAAGCUAUGGGCUUCCUUGAUGUAGUGAUUGAGUUGGAGAAGCAUGAUAAAGUCUCACCCAAUAAAGUGGAUUUAAUAGAGCAGUGCCUACACCACAUCCACAGGAAAGACCUGGAGAAGAAGGUGCUGAAGUACAGGCGCAGCAGUCAAGCUUUACACCCAAACGUUGCCACACACAAUCAGAGGGAAAAAUGUUUGCGUCUCUCACAUUCACAAGAAGCAGCCAGUGCACCACCUCUUCCUGCAAGAAUCUAUCAAAGUCCUAUUGGAGCCCAGGCUGCAGAAAACAUCAAAAUUUCCCUCCCAGUACCUGAAACUGGAAUGCAGAACCCUGGAGAAGUAUACAGAAUGCAGAGACGUCCUUUAGGAGUUUGCUUAAUAAUAGACUGCGUUGGCACUGAUGGAGAUAUGCUAAAACACACCUUCAAGACACUUCACUUCCAAGUCAUCCUGUACAAGUGGUUAAGCCUCAGUGACGUCUGCUCACUAUUAAAGGAAACAGCUAGGAUGAGAGAGCACAGGAACUCGGACUGCUUCGUCUGUUGCAUUAUCAGUCGGGGCAGCUCCACCAAGAUGAUAGCCACUGAGAAAGAGGGUCCCGGCAUCGGCUUCAACACAAUAAAGCAGCUCUUCACUGUGGAGCACUGCCCGGACCUUUCGGGCAAACCAAAGCUAUUCUUCAUCCAGAACUACACCGUUCCAGAGCACUGUGACUACAAUGACGUGGAGGUUGAUGGGCCUUCCAUUGCCAGUAGGGUGGAGUAUAUCCCUACUGAAGCUGAUGUUUUUUGGAGCUGCUGUAAAACGGAUGCUUGCGUCCUUGCAAAAGUGCAUCAUCAGUCAGAAUAUCUACAUGCUCUCUCGGCAUCUCUACUAAGGGGACAGAAAAGAAACAGGCAUCUCAUUGAUAUCCACACUGAGGUGAACAGUGUGAUCUACGAGAAAAACAGACAGCAGCACGGAGAGACCUACACCGUGGAUCUGUGCCACACUCUGCACAAGAAACUGCUCUUUCCGUUAAAUUAAACUGACUGACAUUUAAUAUAGGCUGUAUUUAUUUACUACUCAGUACAGAAGUUUUUUGUGGUGUUAUUUGCAACUGUUGUGCUUGAUGUAUAUUUCAUAUUUAUUUUUACAGUACAUACUGUAGUUCUGCAGCUAUGAGAGACUCGCUAGUCUUUCAUUAAAAGAGUGUAAAGCAACUGAUAGCGUCUUUCUCUGUGUUUUGUACAUUUAUCUGUUCAGUAGAGGAGUGGUUUUCAGUGGCACCCCCCAUGCUCUGGGUUAUUGUUUCCAUUGGGAACUAAAUAUUUAUUUGCCAUUGGCGUUGGCUUUCGGGGCAGUGCACUUCUAUACAGUCUGUGAGAGUUAUGUUUAACUAUAGUGAUUCCUCUGUAUUCACAACUAUAAAAGAAAUAAAGAAAGGUAGAAUGAAAACAUGGACAGUUAGAAGUACUCUAUUGUCUACUCCGUAACUGUGCAUUAUCUGUCCUCUGCUGGAUUUAAACAGUAAUGCAGUUUUAUUUGACUGUACUGUAGCUAAAGCUAUAGCUCAGUUUUGGGUACACAGUAUUGUCUCAGUUCCUUUAAACGUAGAUAUAAUGAAUCCACAGACAUUUUGACACUUGGGUCAUGUAGAAGUAGGGACGAUUGGAACAGCGUGGGGUGCUGGGUGCAAUACGGAGCAAAGACUUCAGUGAAAUCCCAGUCUGUCUAAAAGGACUGGACAAGUACUGAAGAAGUUCUGGAAGGGUAGUGAAAGUCUUGAAGUUAGUGAGGAAGUGUUGAUCGGUGAUUGUCUUAAAUCAGAUACUUCUCAAGUGAAUAUUUCUUUUAGGACAGGUAAAAACGCACAAUGUACUGUGUAGUUUCUUUAAUGCAUUGAGAGGUGUUGAGGGAUACAGGAAGUAUAGAGAAUGAAGAUGUAUAUUGUAGGUAGUAUGAUUGCUUUACGGCUUGUACAGUCAUGUAAUGUAAUCUGAGGAGAGUUGAAAGGGUUUUAGAGAUCAUUCCAAGAUUUAAAGUACAAUAUGUUCACAUUAAAUUACUUUACAACUACACUGGUUGUUCAAAACUGUGACAAUAACUGCACAUUCCCCUUCCUGGUUUGUAUACUGCAGUGCUGUAUGAGAUUCAGUUGCUGUUUUUUUGUUUUGUUUUUAGAAGUAUGUUAUCUAGUAGUUACAGAUACUACAGUGCCUGACCAAAGUUUGUCAUAAGACAUGUUGUGACUGUAAUUUAACAGCAAUAAAAACCUUAAAUUGUCUGGUGUGAUGCCAAAAUGGCCCAUUCCAGACUGAAAACGAGCUGUGUAGGAAAACCAAACCUCAGUGAGGAAGCUAAUAACAGCAGCUUGGAAUCUUGAUCGGCCAGUCAGAGUGCUCUGCUCAUCAAAGCCGCUGUCUAGCCUUAAUUUCACAAAAGUGCAGAACUGCAAACCUUUGUUCUGUAUCUGAACAGGUUUAGUUUUUUAUUAUUGUUUUAAUUAUUCUUUGAACUUAAAGGGACUGUCCUGAGGUGGUAAACAUAAUUCAGAUGGUGAGCUCACAGAUCUUUUCAACCAGUGAGGUCACGAGUAGAGCAGUCUUUAUCUCACAGGUAGAUGCUCCCAAUCCUGAAACUCGCUUACAGAGCAACACAGUCUUCAAGCAGCCCAACCAAUUCAGUCCAAAAUAUAACCUAAAUACACAUUUGUUCAGUUUAUAAUAGCAUUACUAUCCUCUGCAGUGGUCAAUCCCUGCAGAUAACAGACCUUGUCUUUCUAAUGCACUUUAUAUUUUAAGAACGGCAAACAAACUCAAAUUAUAAUUUUAAAGGU